CGAGGCUUCACUGAGGAGUUUUCCGUCAGAGAGGAAGACAUCCAGAGGGAGACCACCGCGUCUGAUUGGCCGAUUACCCUGAGAAGGCCUCCAAUCAGACACCAUCCUCGCUGUGUGACUGCGUGUGUUUCCCUCUCGCCUCUGAAUGCACUGUGUCAGCCUGCGCAUAUUUUUAUGUUUGCAGCACUGCACGCAUGCAAGAGUGUGAGAGUGUGUAUAUGUGUGUGCAGGAUGCUAAUAUCUGGAACUGCGAAGGGGGGGGAGGGGCGAGGAAAGAGAUGCUGAAGAAAUUGAUGAAAAUAGAAAGAAAGGGGGAAAUAUAGAGGAAGGAGGAAGAGGGACAGGGAGGAAUGCACAGAUGUUGAGGAGAGGAGGAUACAGAAAGGCACACUGAGCAGGGACUGACGGAGAGAGUGACGAGGAGGAGGAGGAGGAGGAGAGGAGGAGGAAUAGACGAUCUGCUGUGGGAAUCAGCAGCAUCGUUGAUUUUCACAGGAACCAAGGCAACUCUCCUCUGUUGCCGUGACGAUGGGCUGCUGGCUCUCUGGACCAUGGAUGGGUGACCAAACGAUGAGUGGGCGGAGUCUAGCAAACCUGAGCCAGCGGGAUGCUCUGCGAAUCCUGGCGGCCAGUCAGCAUCCAAUCACCAUGCAGAUCAAGGGUCAGAGGGGGUGUGGCACCGAGGCAGACAGGGGAGCGUGGGAGCCCCUCCCCCUCAAUCUGCAGCACCUCAACCUGCCCCUACCAGUGAUGGGGGCGGGACAUAACGCAUCAAGCCCCUCCUACCAGGACAGACAUUACUACAGCCACCUGUCUCUGCCACAAGAUCACUGCGAUAGAGGACGGUACAGCUACCUGUCCAGCUCCCCUGGGGACACUGUGGACAUCGGCCACCAGGAUCCAGAACUGAGCGGUCGUCGACCAAAGGAGCAGAACUGUCUGAUGAGAUGUUGCAAUACCAACCUGGAAGAACAGAAUCGCUGCCACAGUCAGACUGAUGAUGAAGACUUCAUGCUGGAGAAGCCAAUGGGCUUCCUGCCUCUGCACCAUGAGCUGGACAGUGGGCUGGGUUGGACUGAUGGCUCCCUCCACCAGGGGGACCUCUCGGGGCUGGAGACUGAGGAGGGAGGCCUGGAGGACUGUCAUUCACAUGGGGUCCUUGCCCCAGGCAGUUGUGGGGGCUUCGGGGGCGGUGGCUCUCCCUCAUCUGAGUCCUUUAUCUCCUCAGAGCUCAGCGACUCUGGCUUCUACAGCGUUAGCACCGGUGAAUUCAGGCACUUCCAGAGGCUCCUGGAGAAGCGAAUGCGGCUGUACAAUGCCAGGCUGCAACAUCAGGGCGAACCCUGUGAGAGGCGGGAGCGGCGUGACAGUUGCCCCAAGAGUCACCGUGAGCUGCUGGAGGCCAUUCCUGAGGCGCUGACCAUGCAGCCACAGAGUCAGCACCUGCAGGUCGGGAUGGAGGAAGCUGGGCCCGUCAUGGACCUCCCACCCCGCGGACUUUUCAGGGUUUCAUCGGUCCAGUUCCAUAAGGCAGAUCGACCCUGUCUGAACCGGCACAGCUCCAGCAGUGGAGCCCUCUUCAAUCCUUCUCAUGCUCACGCUGCAGUCUCACGAAUGACUGCUCCGAUCCUCUCCACCUGCAGCACCCCCACCAGCCACAGGAGAACACUGGUACCAAUACAGCAGCACCAUCAAGGCUCCAGCUCAGUGGGGAUGCUGAGGAGAAGCCGAACGCUGCACCAUCGUCCUCCCCCACACGAGUAUCGACGCAGGGCCAGUCACCCAGCAUCCCCUUCUUACUGUGCAGCAACCCUGCAUCACUGCGGAGGUGUCACGCCACAACACGUCCUGCCACCAGGUCUGCCAGAGGAAGGUGAGCUAGAGGCCGGUGUGAUGUCUUCCCACCCAGCGACCCUGGCCAUCUCACCCCAGCAACAUUCCACCGCUCUGGGGCACAUGAGACCUGCUGAAGCCCAUGAGCGAUGCUACGACAACAGCAGCCAGAUCUCUCACCAUGACUGGUGGCACUCACAAGAAAGAGCCAUGAUGCCUCAGACAAUGCUGACAGAAAGGGACAGAGAGAUCGAGAGGGAACUAGAACAACAAAGGCAACUGCAGAAGGAGUUAGAGCUAAAGAGGGAGAGGGAGGCACAGAUUCAGGAGGAGAUGGACAGAGAGAGGCAGCAGGAGCUGGAGAGGAGCCGAGCCAGGGAGCAGCAGCACCUCCAGAACCUGGUUCACCCUUCUCAGGCUGGAGACGUCAACGACACCUGGCCUAAACCAGCUAGUCGACAGUCCCAGGGUUGCGGAGGAGGCAGAGGGCUUUACAGCACCCUGGAGGGCUACAUCGGCCCUGGUGCUGGUGCUGCUGCUGGAUGGGAGGCAAAGAAAGGACACAUUAAUGCGACGUCAAGCCCUAAUCCCAGUUGUGGUCCAAAAUUUACCCCAAGCUCCAAACCCAACCCGAACUCUCGGAUGGCCAGGAACCAGCUCCUGAGGGACCGGGCAUCUCAGCUGGCGGAUGAACGCAGCGGGAUGAGCACUGAUGAGGAGACCAACACUGACAUCCUGAUGGGUCGUUACUGGAGUCGAACAGAGAGGAGGGAACACUUCCUGUUGGCUCGUGAGCAGAGGCAGCAGCAGCAGCUGCAGGCCCGAGGAAUGGCUAUACGAGAAGUUGUCGGCAGAGGAGGAAUCAUCACAGGUGGAGGAGGAGCCACUUUUAGUGAUGCAGGAAUGCUGGACAGCAGGGGAGUUGGACCUUUUGCAGAUGGACGGUGCAACACCGUCCUGGAGCUGAGUCAGAAGAAACUGAGUCGUUUGAGGAACAGGAAGCUGCUGGAUGACUGGACGACAGUAGAGGAGCUGCUGUCUCAUGGGAACAGGUUGGACAGCCACGGGGACAUGUUGUGUCCCAGCUCCCUGCUGACGGUCACCACUGUCUAACUGCAUGGACACCACAUCUAACUGUAACUCUGUGUGCGAGUGUGUGUGAGAUAAGAUAUAAAUCAGGCAUUUUUAUAAAUCUACUUGUUCUGUCUUUUCCUGAGUGAGAAGAGAAGAUUGUUAUCAGCUUCAUCUCAAGGACAUUAGCCUCGCUUAGCACUAAUUUAGGAAGCAGAGGGAAAUUGCCAGCCUCACACCAUCUAAAAAAAAGCUUACCCCUCCCCCAGCCACCAGGGGGGGCUAAACAAUAUGAAAUAGUUAUCUGUUCCUCUCAUUUGAUGAAGGAUUUGCAAUUACCUUGAUAAGUAUCAAAAUAUAACAUGUUAAUCAAUCAGCUUUGGAGUUAUUGGAAGGUGUGGAGCUAGGCUAGCACUGUCUUUAUGCUAAGGCAAAACGUGCUGGAUUGUGUUCUUCAUCAAGGACAUCAAUUAAUCUGGAUGUUAUCCCACAAAAAACAUCUGUCAAGCUAACUUGGUUGUUUUCUCACAUUUGGACUAAUUGGUUAAUAUCAGAUCAAAUAUAAAUCACUGCAUCAACACAGCCACCAGGGUCUGGAUGAUGUAAAUUUGUUCAUCAAGUUGACUCAAGCCAAAAAACAUACUUUGUACAUGUUUAGCGAUGUGUGGAUGUCAUAUUAUAUUUAUGACCGCACAAACUGUAUGAGCCUGCAGCACAGGGUGGACUGACCCGCUGUGUCCUUGUAUUGUUGGGAUUUCAGUCAUGUGCGUAAACAAGUCCUCGUCACUCCUGAAUCUUGAAGCUCAAAGAUGAAGCUGAGACUCGUCUUCUCACAAAACUCAGUGGAAGACGGAGAACGAGGGGUUUUAUGGAAAUGCCGGACUGUUCCUUUAAUGAAUGUGUGCGUGAGAGAGGGAACCUCACUGUCAUCGCUGUACAUCACCUCGACCGAUAGCGUUUUCUGUGCGAGCGUGUGUCACCAUUGUACAGCACUCCAGACAAAAUGUGCGUGUCAGUGCAUGACGCCUGUAACGACAAACAACAGAACAAGGUCAGCUGAGUGUGUUUGCAUCACGUGUUUCAUGCAACAUCUUACGCUCUGUUUAUUUCACAAGUAUCUUUGACAAAAUGACCAGAAAUUUGGGUUUGGACUUAAUUCCUCAAGCAGAUCUUGACAUUUUGGGGAGCAAUACCGUUCUGCGUGCUGUCUACCUGGUUGUGCACUAACGAUAGGUCACAUACGACUACUUUUGCGUCAGGGCCACAGAACACAUCAACUGUAGCAAUGCAGACAGUGACAGCUGAGAGUGGAUACCAAAUCCUGGAUAGUUUUUUAUAGAAACUCUGUUUACAAGUAAGAAUAAUAAUCGGUGGGAGCUUUUGUAACUAAAUGAUAAAGACACAAUCUGAUUCACUUGCUUGUGCAGCACUAGUCAAAACUGUGACGAUCACAGAUGAGGAACAAUGUUCCACAGAGGUUUGCAGAGGAUUUCGAUCACAGCUUCUAGCUGCUGCACAGGUUUAGGCUGCAUUCACGUCCGAGAUUUUCAGUCCUGCACAAACAUGCAGCUGAGUCGAACAACAUGUUUACGUCAAAUUGUGACUCUGAGGUGGAGGUUCGAGGAAUUUCUGACAGCUCAUGUGUUCGGUAACGUCCGGCAUGUUUAAAACAAGUAUUGUCAAAAAUCAACAGUAGCAAAAUGGAACAGAAAAUACACAUUUUCUUCUCUAGAAAAAUGUCAAUUAAUAACAAAUAAGUAAUAUCAUAUUAUUUAUGAUAUUACUCAGCUAAAUGUGCAAUUUUACAUUAGCUUUUUUUGGGCUACAACGAACACUUUCAAGCUAAGUGAUCAGACUAUAGUCGAUGGACUGGAGGUGGCUAUCAGGAGUGUUUGUUUAAUAACAAGAAGUUUUCCCACAUUCUUACUGUUCUGCGUGAAUGCAGCAUAGACAGUGUGGCUGGUGUUCUCGGCUCGUGGCUCCUCGUUCCUGCAGGUGUCUUUACUGUUGUCAGGAUGUUUACAGAUCUACCUACCCAGGUAACAGCUUAUGCACAUUUACUGAAAUCUGCAGCGACUCCUUGACUGCGUGCGGACGAUUUUAAAGACGAGAACACACACCUCAAGUCGACUUUUCGUUAGGUUGUCCGGACUAUACAGCGGCGUCUGUGCAGUCAGGACAGACAAAGCUCAAGUCAGCGUUGUUGACAUUCCACUACACCAGAAGGUACAAUGUAAAUGUAAAUCUGAAAUCUACUGAUUCCAGGUCUGCCGUUUGGGAAAAUGUGCAAUAUUACCUCAAGCUAGUUUUAAUAUGACAAUGAUGAUGUUGUGUGCGCUAUCUGACAGGUCUCCAUUGAAUGCAGUGACGGAUGCACAAAAGGGGCGAAUUACGACAAGUGCACAGUAAUCCUAUAAUCUAAAAUGGAAAGAGCAAAGGUUGUGUAGAUAUUCAUAUUAUUUCUCUACAUUUUUUUUCCAUGAGAGGGACCUAAGAAAACAACUUUUGCACAUAGUUUUUUAUACUUAAAAGUUCUCCCUACCUUUCUCUACCAGGGACCUAGGCCAGUGGAACGACUGUAGAUAGAAUGACAGUGUGUGUUGAUGUUUUCUUUAUAAACUAUCAUAGUGAUUUAUGGAGGAAAAAAUACAGUUUAUUGUCAUUGUGUUGGACAUAUUUCAAUAUUUUUCUUGUGAUGGUUAUAAAAACAACAAGAACCGUUUUUAUGAUCUUUAAAAUCGAAUUAAUUUAUUUAAAAAGCUGGUGAAACUUUGAUUUGCCUUUUUCAAAGAGUGAACACAAAUUGUGAAUAUUAUUGUCUCUUUAAAUGGAUAAAUUGAAUUUUACUGUUGUUUUGUGUCAUUAUGACAUGUACAUAUUGAUUUUGUCGAAAGGUGCGGAUGAGGACCAGGUUAGUAACAGGACACGCUGACGCCGUCAGACGUCUCCGGUGGUUUGAUCGUGUGAUUCUGUCGGUUUGUAGCGGUGUUAUGGAGGCUGUACAUACAGCACGGAGAUUAACAUUGUAGUAUUAGUACAUAUUAGUUUAAAACUCACAAUAUUGUCAACAUUCAUAGAAAGUGGUUCAGUUUGUUCUGAAUGUUACAUGUGACAUCCAUAAAUUAUGAGUAGAAUCACUGACACUAAUUCUUAAGGAAACGUUACGAUACUUUCAGAUUAAUCUUCUUUAUCGUCUUCUCCAGAGUCAAAUGUAUUUGAUGGAUGUGAGUUUUAUUUCCCAGUGUCCAGUACAGAGAUCGCUCAAGGACGUUAGCCUUGCAAAGCAUAAAUACUGGAAGCCAAAGAAAACACACACGACAAGUGUGGCUAAAAAAACCACUUUUCAACCACUACAAUGUGUAAAGCACAGGUUAAAAUCAUACAGUUAGAAAAGGCAGAAUUUCACCUAGCUACUCUAUGCUAGCUCCAAAUGUCUGCUGUGAUAGGAAAUAACAGAAAGUUAAAGUUAAGCCAGGGGAGCCGACAACUUCACAAGGAAGACAAUGCAAUACGAUUUGCUAUGCUACGAUACGAUAUGAUACAAUACAAUACGUUAUGGUAUGAUACUAAACAAAAUCAAACGAUAUGAUAAAAUACGAUAUGCUAGGAUCGGGGGGGGGGAAACUGAAUGUCACUUUACACUUUGGACAGAGACAGAUCAGUCAAGAGAAAAUCAUAACAACCCAACAGCAUCAGAUCAUCAUCAUCAUCACCAGUGACAGUCAGUGAAGAUCUAGUUCAAAAUUCCAGCGGAAUUUGUAAAAAAUCUAAUUCACCAUUUUGAUUGAAAGAUUGUAUUAACUGAACUGAACAACCUGUGCAGCUGCAAACAUCUCAUUCAUGCGCCCCGACUACAUUUCUGUGAUAACGUUUCUCGCCACCUUCCCAUUUGUAACCAGGGAAACAGCACACACGCACAAAUCAGUGAUGUGGGCGUGAUUCAGAGCCGGGCGUAGUAACGUCCUGGUUACCGGGCGUGAGCAGUGGAUUUGUGUAAAUCUGACAGAGCUGGAGUUUCUGAAAGGUGGAUUCUUUCCCUGGAGGCUCGCAGUGUCUCUUUGUGCUUCCAAAUUCUGCUCAGCUGAGCACGUCCUGCACCCAUCACUGUGCUGGACAGAUGCAAGGGACGUCCAUCUUGUCCUCUGACUCUGGAGAAGAAGGAGAGCGUUAGAAAUUUACAGACAUUUCACAGUGUUUUUUUUUCUUUUUAAUACAUUUUAAACCCUGAGAAAAAGAAAGAGGUGCUGGAGGUUUGAUUCCACACUCCCCCUCUCUGUCUCAGCUGUGACUCAAACAGUCUGAAUAAUGGAUGACGAAGAGAGAAUAUUUUUCUUCUCACCGCCCCCCCCCUCCUCCCUUCACUCUCUCUCUCUGCUUACGUUACACAAGAGCACAGAGAGCUGAAAAUAGCGCUGCUGUCCUCAUGUGAUGUGAAAUUAAAAGCACACUGGAGCGGAGACGCUUGCUGCCGGAGAACGCAACACUUGUUUCCCUCCAUCUGACAAUCCCUCCAUCCGGCCUGCAACACCACCUCCAUCCGUCCGUGCGAGGGUACUUUUCACCACAGCAAGCUUUUUGGAAUAUGAUGAUGUACAUGUGAUUGUAAUAAAGAGAUUUUAAUUAGCUAUGA